AUGAGCACGUAUCUCGCUAUACUGACCACCGCCACAGUUCUUCUUUGGGGAGUCCACCUUCACCGUUCGGCCACUAUCGCAGAGCUCGUCCAGUACUCAGAGCCCAACACGGCUUUAGUAGACUCAGCGUACAAGAACGACGUAGCGGACCUCGGCGAAUGCAACCACAAGUGCGAAGAAGAUGAGAAGUGUCUCAGCGUCAACUACUGGAAGGUAAAUAAGAAGUGUGACUUAAACAACGCGACAAAGGUCAUGUACCCAGAACAAGAGAAUAAAGACAGGACCGCCAUCUACGCCAACAUUCGUGCGGCGAAAAACUGCCUCGAUGUGCUGAAAGCCGGAGGAAAGAGCAACGGUUUGUACACAGUGAAGCCAUCAGCGGACGGCGAUGCGUUCAAGGUGAGGAACCAGGGUACAGAACAAUGUGUACACAGGGAGACCACCAGGGUUGAAUGA